AUGACAAAUAUAUUGAUGUUUUCAUUCCCAGGCAGACCCCAAAUGUGGCAGCUUUUAGCAGCAGCAUGCUGGAUGCUUCUUCUUGGACCACUAUAUGGUUAUCACAGGAAAGGAAGCAUCACAAAUCCUGAAGCCCAUAUGAAUAUUAGCCAGAUUAUUUCUUACUGGGGUUAUCCUGAUGAAAAGUAUGAUGUUGUGACCAAAGAUGGUUAUGUCCUUGGAAUUUACAGGAUUCCUCAUGGGAGAGGAUGUCCAAGAACAGCUCCAAGGCCUGUUGUGUAUUUGCAACAUGGCUUAGUUGCAUCUGCCACUAACUGGAUUUGCAACCUGCCCAACAACAGCUUGGCUUUUCUUCUGGCAGAUGCUGGAUAUGAUGUGUGGAUGGGGAACAGCCGGGGAAAUACCUGGUCCAGAAAACACUUGAAAUUUUCACCCAAAUCACCAGAAUUCUGGGCCUUCAGUUUGGAUGAGAUGGCUAAAUAUGAUCUUCCAGCCACAUUUGAUUUUAUUAAAGAGAAAACUGGACAGCAGCGACUCUUCUAUGUGGGCCACUCCCAAGGCACCACCAUCGCUUUCAUAGCAUUCUCUACAAAUCCAGAGCUGGCAAAAAGGAUCAAAAUAUUUUUUGCAUUGGCUCCAGUCACUACAGUGAAAUACACCCAAAGUCCUAUGAGAAAAUUAACAACUCUUUCCAGAAAAGCAGUCAAGGUGAUAUUUGGUGACAAGAUGUUCUCUCCUCAUACGUUUCUUGAACAAUUCAUUGCCACCAAGGUGUGCAACCAGAAGAUAUUUCAUCGUAUUUGCAGUAACUUCCUAUUCUCUUUUUGUGGAUUUGACCCAAAUAACUUAAACAUGAGUCGCUUGGAUGUUUAUUUGGCACAGAGUCCGGCAGGAACAUCUGUUCAGAAUAUGCUACACUGGGCCCAGGCUGUUAAUUCUGGUCUGUUCCAAGCUUUUGAUUGGGGAAACCCUUAUCAGAACAUGAUACACUUUCAACAGCUUACACCUCCCUUAUACAACGUUAGUGAGAUGAAUGUUCCAACAGCAAUGUGGAGUGGUGGACACGACCGUGUGGCUGAUCCCAGGGACAUUGAAAAUUUACUCCCUAACAUUACCAGACUUAUUUAUUACAAAUUUAUUCCACACUACAAUCAUGUGGAUUUUUACCUGGGACAGGAUGCACCCCAGGAAAUUUACCAAGACCUAAUUAGAAUGAUGGAGGAAUAUUUCUAA